GGCAUCAGUUCAAAUUCUAAUUUUCAAUAUUUAUUCACUCAGCCAUGAAGACAAUCAGCAAAUGUAUUUUUCUGCUGGUUUGCGUGUCGAUCGUGGUCAUUGCGCAGAGGGACCCUGUUGACUUUUCAACAUUACGAUUCGGAUUUGGAAGCCUGAAUAUUCACAAUUGGAUGAGCAAAUUUUGCAACCAUUUCUGCGAACACCCGGCGUCGAAAACUACGCGGACGUUCUCGCUGUGUUCUGUCAAGUGUUCGACUUCUACGACAACUGAAAAAUCCCCUACAACCGAUGCGAAGGACAGAGUCGAAACUACCCUAGCUUCCAUUACGACAACACCACGCAGCACGACGAGCCCUACAAAUUCGAGUAAAUCUUCCUUGAGAGAAUCGAACGGAGAUGGAGCGAGGAGCUGGAGAAAUUAGACGCAUGGAACAUAUACCACAAACUGAAUUGAAUGAAAUUUAGUGUGGAAUGACCCUUAGAGUCUAGCCAUUAAACCCAGUUUAACAAUUCCCCUCACGUGCCCACACUUUUGUGCAAUAAUCCCUCAAUCUUGAGUAAAAAAACAACUUAUCCGCGUUCAUACAAACUUGGAUAACUAGACUAACUCGUGUGAGUCUAACCAAAUAAUACCUCUAAUUAAAGCCAAAUUUUCCAACUUAUCGAGUCUGAAAGGUUCAAUUAUUUGGCGAUAAUCAAUGACAUCAAUUAGAAAUAUUUAGUUGCAAUUUUUAUCGUUUCGUAGAGUAAUUAUUCAAUCAUCGAUCAAGCAUAUCCUCCGGCUAGGAUAUCUUAUUUAUAUUAUUAUUUUAAUGAUGGCAUUAGUCAAGGUUUGGCACUCAAUAUGUUACAUUCACACCACAUUGAGGUCACGAUACAACAGAGAAUGCCAAGGUCUCCGAAUUACUCGAGCUGUGGUACCUUUUCUUUCGCCUGGAAUUUACUCAUGAACAGCCUUGUCCGGCUACGCCCAUUCUUCAAUGGGACCAACCAUCUCUUUUUCGUUGCAAUCAACGCGAGAAUCUUUUCCCUUCGAUAGCGAAAAAAAAACAAGUGUUU